GAGCAGCGCAGGGAGCACAUCGCUACCGCCGGACUAUGAGCAGCAACUAGCGCCGCCAGCGCCCCAUUGUGCAGCAGGAGCCCGGGCAAGGCCUAUGAAACGCGCAACCAUGAGCGGGGUCCUGAAGCGCAAAUACCAGGCGUUGGAAGAGGACUCCAACUACUCAUCUUCCUCUGCGUCGCCGUCUUCUUCCCUGACGUCAUCGGGCAGCGACUCGGACGAGGAUUACAGCCACGAUGCCAAGCUCUUCAUCACGGAUUUUACCCCCACAUCCAUAUUAAAGAAAGAGAAGCGCUUUAAGAAGAACAAGGUUUUGUUCGACCGGGUGGUGGUGUUUUACUUCCAGCGAUGUCAGGGGUUCACCAGCGUCCCCAGCCGAGGCGGCUGCACGCUCGGAAUGAAGCGAAGGCACAGCUACAGCAGGCAGUACACGUUGGAAGAGUUCUCCAAGGAGCAGCUGAGCCGGCGGAGGGAAAAACUGAAAGAGAGGUUAAAAGAGGAGAAACUCGAGUCUUUAAGGAACAUGCUAACGUUGAAUGGUACCAUAGUGUCUCAAAAAGCCAACAACCUCUCCAUCGACGACAUCUGCGACGAGGACAUUGACAUGAACGGCGCCGAAGUUGAAGACGGUUUCUCUCCGCGGAUGUACCCACCCAGGGAACGGCGGGCUUUGCUCAAAAGGGAAGGUGUCAAGAAGAUUGACAAAUCGGAGAAACAUGAGCUUAAUGAGAUCCGACGCUCCAGGGAAGACUGCGGCUGCAACUGUCAGGAUUUUUGUGAGCCGGAGACCUGCAGCUGUACCAUAGCCGGGAUUAAGUGCCAGAGAGACCAUUCGAUGUUCCCAUGCGGAUGUACAAAAGACGGUUGCGGCAACCGGAAUGGAAGAGUGGAAUUUAAUUCAUCCCGGGUUCAAACCCACUUCCUCCACACGGUCAUGAGGCUGGAGCUGGAGGAGAAGCAUCAAAACAACGACCGCAAAUUAGAAGCCGAGGAUUCUGCGAACGAGCGGCUGAAUCCAUUUGCGGGCGUGCCGGUGGGCAAAGGCUCGAGCGAGGAGAGGGCUACCCCAUUAACGCCGGCGUUUCAGUUCAGCAUGGAUAUCGAAGUCGCCGGGGACGACAGCUGCAGCAGCGACAUGACCGAUACCUCUUCUUCGUCCAAUCAGAGCGAAGACUCUGAAGAGCCAUACGAAGCUGCUUCCUCGGAUAAAUCCCAGCUGGACGUCGACGACGACUACCUGGCGAGGAUUCUUCAUUUCAACGACUCCGAAUACGAGGAGAAUAGCAGUGACUGUCAGGAUAACCUGAGCUUUUUCCACCCGACAGAUUUCUUUUGCGACAACGUUUACCAGCCAAUCUCCGGCACGGACAAACCUGCUUCCGGCCCCUACUCGAGCUCUUUCCCCAAGUGCAUCGAUGAUAAUGCCAACCAGGACGCCAGCUGUUUCUCUGACGAGGUGGCAUCUUUAACCACUUCUGAUGGACCUUCUGACUAUAGUUCCUCGCAGGCGGAGUCGCACUCCAAGAGCUACACGGAUAUCAGCCUCUCCUCGGAUUCCUUGGAUUUAUUUCAGGCGUAUCCAGACUACAAUCUUGGACCCCUUUACAACUCCUUGAAGGAAUAUGAAAAUUUGGAUAACUUAUCCUUUCAGCUACCUACCUUCCCCGGAAUUGCUCCAUCCGGAGACCAGACUACUUGCUUUCUGGAAUCCUUAAUUGGCCUGUCCGAGUCCAUUCCCGAUACCCCCGUCCCUUUUACAGACAAUCAGCUUUUGGAAGAUGCCUUCAAGUCGUCCUUAAUGGAAACGAUGACCGUCUAAAUGAGGAAGGGGUGAAAAAAAAAAA